UCUGGCCUCAGGACAUGACAGACAUUAUUUAUCUGCUUACUUUCCCAGCAAGGUUUUUAUUGUUUUAAUAAAACAUUAUUUAUGAGUGAACAACUUACCCACUCUGGAAUGUGCAGCUGGACUCCUUCAACAUCUCACAGUCAACAUCUCAGCUGCUGAGGAAAAGUAAGAAGCAAGUUUUCCUUUAUAGUCAAAAAUGGACAAAUUAAGUGGCCGGAUUUUCCUUUUGAUUUGUUUUGGCGGUUUUGGAUGUCAAAUGGGAAAAGCUCUUCCAGUGGAGAAACUGUCAAAAGUAAAGGUUUGUGCAGACAUGGAUUGUUCAUAUGUGAUUUCACACAAAAAGCCAAAGCUUUAGAUGACUACACAGCUUCAGACUGCAGAUACAUAAACUUGAGAAGAGGUCAGAUGAUCUAUGUGUAUUCUAAACUCAAACCAGUAGAGGGAUCUGGAGUCUUCUGGUUCGGUAGUGUUUACGGUGAACGCUAUGUUGACCAGAUGGGUGUCCUUGGAUAUUUUCCCAGUAACUAUGUAAAUGAGACCCACAUAUUUGAGAAGAAACCAGUUGAGAUCCCAACUACAGACAUGGACUUUGUCUGCGCUUAGAGACAGCAUGCUGUUAUAUGAUCCUUUUCUUUAUUUAAUGAAUAUGUCAUCAUUUGUCAAAAUACAAAAAAGAACACAAACAUAUGUUAUCCCACAUACAGUAUGAAUGUAGAAACUAGUAUCUGAAAUUCUGAUUGAGAAUGUGCUUUUAAAUAAUUUGAGAAUAUUAAAAGUGUAUUAUGUGAUAAAAUGAGAUUUUCUUAAGUACUGGUUAAGUAAACCUCAAAAAUACAUCUAAAUAUUUGUAUAGAGGGUGCUAUACUGUAUGUACUUUUAGGCUAUGUGGAUGUCUUCUUGAGUUAUUCUGUAUUUAAACUGCUCACUUAAUUUUGGCAUUAUGUAAACCCAUUCAGCCUUUAGUUUUUAAGCUUCUGUUCUUAUUUCUUCUUACACGAUUUCUAUUUUUUUAACUCUGUACUGUCAGUCUGUAUUUGAAGUAUGCUGGAAAUGAACUACAGUGUACUGUACAGCAGAGGGCAGUGCUGUAUUUAUAUCUGCAAUGUACUCUGUUCAUUCUAAAGAUGUUUAAUAGCAGAAAAUUAAAUAUAAUUACCUUGAAGAGCUUCCUCUCUC